CAAGACAGUUCCGUAAAUCCAGUCUGUUUGUGUUUUGACGGUAUUGUACAAAGCUCUUCAGGCCAUCACACAAGUCCAUAAGCAAGGAAACAGUCAGCCUUCUGCACCUCGGAUAAAAAAGCGGGAAACAAAAUGGCAUCGGACUCUCCACGCAGACCUAGCCGCUGUGCUGGAGGUGUUCUGGUGCGAGCACAAGCUGCUACGGAGCAGUCUUACAUGGAAAGUGUGGUGACCUUCCUGCAGGAUGUGGUCCCCCAGGCAUAUACCGGAGCUCCGCCCACUGAUGAGAAGGAGAAAAUCAUUUGGGUUCGAUUUGAGAAAGCUGACAUCAGCGACAUGGCCCGCAAUCCAGAGUUUAUUGAGAUGCACAGCGGCACUACCGACCCUCCUCUCUGCCUCAUGAUCGGCUACACUGACGGGAUGCAGAUAUGGAGCGUAUCUUUGGCAGGGGAAGCCCAAGAGCUGUUCUCAGUGCGCCAUGGUCCUGUGAGAGCUGCCCGCAUUCUGCCAGGUCCUCAUAUCAGUCCUCUGAAGAUGGACAGUUUUGCUGACAAGAGGCCUCUGCUGGGAGUAUGCAAGAGCACAGGGUCUUCCGGGACGAGCCCUCCUUACUGUUGCGCUGACCUGUACUCUCUACGGACCGGGGAGUUGGCCAAAUCAAUUCAAUUUAAGACGCCCAUCUAUGAUCUCCACUGCAACAAACAUAUUCUUGUUGUGAGCCUACAAGAGAAGAUUGCAGCAUUUGACAGCUGCACCUUCACAAAGAAGUUCUUUGUUACAAGCUGCUAUCCCUGUCCCGGCCCCAACCUCAAUCCAAUAGCUCUGGGAAGCCGCUGGCUAGCCUAUGCUGAAAACAAGUUGAUCAGAUGUCACCAGUCCCGUGGAGGAGCUUGUGGUGACAAUGCACAGUCGUAUACAGCGACAGUGAUCAAUGCUGCCAAAUCUUUAAAGACAGGCCUGACAAUGGUGGGGAAAGUUGUCACCCAGUUGGCGGGCACGCUACCAGCAGGCACUCCAGAUGAAGAGGGCACACCUCACAGCGCGUGCCGCCGCAGCCCCCACAACCCCGGAGUGGUCACCAUCAUCGACACGCACAGUGUUGGCGAAGGACAGGUCUUGGUGAGUGAGGACUCCGACGGAGAGGGAGUGGUGGCUCACUUCCCAGCUCAUGACAAACCCAUAUCCUGCAUGCAAUUCAACCCCAGUGGAAUGCUGCUGGUGACUGCCGACACUCUGGGCCACGAUUUUCACGUCUUCCAGAUUCUCACCCACCCAUGGGCGUCCUCUCAGAGCGCUGUUCAUCAUCUCUACACCCUGCACCGGGGGGAAACUGAGGCCAAGGUCCAGGACAUGUGUUUCAGCCAGGACAGUCGCUGGGUAGCCAUCAGCACCCUCCGCGGCACCACCCAUGUAUUUCCAGUCAACCCCUACGGAGGUGCACCCUGCGCCCGCACGCACAUGUCCCCACGGGUGGUCAACCGGAUGUCUCGCUUCCAAAAGAGCGCUGGCCUGGAAGAGAUCGAACAGGAGCUGAACCGGGUGGCUGCAUUAGGAGGAGGAGUAGGAGGAGGCAUAGGAGGCGGCGGCUGCAUUCUGGGUGGAGGAGGAGGCAUGGGGGGCCGCUGUAGCCCCAUACCAGGCCUGUCCAGCAGCCCCUCUGGGUCUCCACUGCAUGCCAAGCUGAGCAGCCAGGAUGCAUACAACAACUUCACCAAUAAUAACAUGGGGAACCCGCGGCUGACCCCGCUGCCCAGCCUCACCGUGGUGCUGCCGCUGGCUCAGAUCAAACAGCCCAUGACUCUGGGCACCAUCACCAAACGCACCGGACCCUACCUCUUUGGGGCGGGAUGUUUUGCCAUUAAAACUCCAUGCAAAGCUAAGCCGCCCCCUCAGAUCUCCCCAAGUAAGUCCAGUGGAGGAGAGUUCUGCGUGGCCGCCAUCUUUGCCUCGUCUCACUCCUGGUUCAUCACCAACCCCAGCAUGAAAAGAGAGAAAGAUCAGUCCAGGCAGUCGGUUGUUGACUCGCUGUACAUCAUCAGUUGCUAUGGUAAUUUGGUGGAGCAUGUCCUGGAGCCUCGGCCAAUAAGCACAGCUCAGAAGAUCAGUGAUGACACACCACUGGAGCUCAGCACCUGUCCAAGGGCCUGCUGGACUCUAGCCAGGACACCACAAUGGAACGAGCUUCAGCCGCCCUUCAACUCCAACCACCCAUUGGUGUUGGCCUCAGACCUGGUGCAGUACCAUCAGUAUCUUCUGGCAUCGAUGCCCCCAGGAAGUCCAGGCCCAAUUACCCGUCACGAGUCGUCAGACAGCCUGGCGUCGGACCACAGUGGUCAGGAGGACGAAGAAUGGCUUUCUCAGGUGGAAAUUGUGACCCACACGGGGCCCCACCGGCGCCUGUGGAUGGGUCCCCAGUUUCAGUUUAAGACCAUUCACCCUUCAGGCCAGACCACGGUCAUCUCCUCCUCGUCCUCGGUCCUUCAGUCCCAGGGCCCCACUGAUGUCCAACAGCCCCUGUUGGACUUUGACACAGACGACCUGGACCUACACAGCCUGAGGAUCCAGCCAGUACGCUCAGAGCCAGUCAGCAUGCCCGGCUCGUCGCGGUUGGUGGCAGAUCGUAGAGGACAGUCCAACAUCAUGGACACAGGAUCAGGUGGAUUUGACGGCCGUGGUGUGACCCUGCUGGAAGUGUGCGGUAGCUGGCCAGAGAGCUUCGGCGUGCCGCGGCACAACGUUGGCUCGGCAGACGCCAGCGACGAAGGCCUCCGGGAGAGGCUGGCCGACGCCAUGUCUGAGUCCCCCUCCAGAGAUAUAGUCGGAUCUGCUACAGAGCUGCAGAGGGAGGGCAGCAUCGAGACCCUCAGUAACAGCUCGGGCUCCACCAGCGGCAGCAUCCCACGCAACUUCGAAGGCUACCGCUCCCCACUGCCCACCAACGAGAGCCAGCCACUGAGCCUGUUUCCCACCAACUUCCCUUAGAACUUCCAGCCUCCUCUCCUCAAGGAAGAUCUGCCGCUGUCUGUCCGGCCCACCUGCCCCACCUGCCUGCCUGCCUCCCAUAUAUCUGUCCACACAGCAUCACACUGGAGCCCGGACUGUGUUUCUCUCUUGUCUUGUCCAGCUGGUCACAAAUCAGUGUGAUCCAAAUACAUUAUAUGUGUUUUAUUUCAAGGCUGAGAUAUUUUAUGAAGCUGCCAAUGCUUCUGUAAUUCUAAACAUUCAGUCAUUUUGAAUUUAAAAAAACGUCAAAUUGCUUUCUUUCCAAGACAAAUUUAUUGUAGACUCUUGAAAUCGAAUUACUUUUAAGAUUAACAGCUAUUCUAAGUGUUGCUGAGCAGUUAACCAAAUCUCAAGUGUAAAGGAAUAAAAAGUAAUUUCAUCACAGAGUAUUUUGAUACAGUUGUGGUCAGGGAGGACCUCCAGGUUUUUAAUAAGCGACCGAGCAGCACAUCUAUCUCACCCUGCUUUGAACCUCGAUGUUGUGUUGAAUCAGAAGCCGUAGUUGGAGAGCAGCCGUCCUCUUCUCUUUACAGCUGAUGUCUGCUGUUUCCUCAGCCCACCAUCAAUCUCUGUGCGUGUGUUUGAAGUUUUACGGUGUGCCUAUUGUCUGAACGAGCCAUGAGGAAAGGGAGCGCCAAAAGAGGAGAAAUGUUUAUUCCAGUCAGUGACGUGUAGCAUCUCCUUUCCCCUCUGUGCGCCGAGGCUCUCAUGGCCUCUCACUUAAUGUUUUUGAUUAAAUUUGCUCCUCUCAUGCCUUUGAUUAUCAUGUAAUUAUAUUUGACAAAAGAUGCAGUAAUGAGAUGACACUAUUACUACGUUGCUGAAGUAAUUUAGAUGUUUACAGUAUAAUUGAGAUAUGUUUCUGACAUCAUUUAGAUAUAUUCCCCAUGCUAUCCGCCUUUCCACAUAGUAAAUUUUAAUUGAGCGGAGUAAUAGAUGGCUGUGUAGCCGUCACAGUGUAUUUUAUACAUUAGUUAUAGAUCUCUAAAAAAAUGUAUUUUCCUUACAUGUAUUAGCUUUGCCUAUAGGGAGGAAAAAUGACUUUGAUAAUCAGAUAUUCCUUUAUUCUUAAACACACUUUGCCUGUUAGUUUGUCUUGGUGAAAACUGAAAUGCACUAUUAACAGAGUCCCAUUAGAGAUAAAGAUAUUUAAUGAUAAUAGUCAUGUACAAUCUCUCAUGUCUGAGUGUUGUUGGACCGGCUGCAUGUUGAAUGAGGGCAUGCAUCCACUUGUAUUAAUUCAGAGCUUGUUCGUGAAGGUAAGAUCAGAUUUGUAAAAUACUUCUUUUAGCAUUCAUGCAAGAAAAAACAUAAUAAAACUGAAAGAAAAUGA